GGGGGGGGGGACAGGGCUGGCUAUUUAAAGGAGAAAACAGCAAGAGUCUCAGAGCCGAGGAGCCAUUUGUAGUGUUUAUAAAGGCUGAAUCCACAACUUAGGAACACAGGACGGGAUUUUAAUCGGUGUUUAAUUGUUGUUAUUAUUUUUAUUUGAUUUUUUUCCAUCACAGGACCCGCGCACGCGCGCGCACACACACACACACACACACACACACACACACACACACACACACACACACACACAUACUCUGACAGAGGAAGAAGGUAAAAAUGGGGAAAGACUAUUAUAAAAUCCUGGGCAUUGCGAAAGGAGCGGCUGAGGAGGAUAUUAAGAAGGCGUACAGAAAACAAGCUCUAAAAUGGCACCCGGAUAAAAACAAAGCGAACAACGCGGCGGAGAAAUUCAAGGAGGUCGCUGAAGCUUAUGAGGUCCUGAGCGACCCUAAAAAACGAGAAGUAUACGACCAAUAUGGAGAGGAAGGCCUGAAAGGAGGAGGAGGAGGAGCGUCCGACGGUCAGGGCAGCACCUUCACAUACACCUUUCAUGGAGACCCGCACGCCACCUUCGCCACCUUCUUUGGUGGCAGCAACCCCUUCGAGAUGUUCUUUGGCCGCAAGGUGAAUGGUAGAGAUGAUGAGGACAUGGAAGUGGACACCGGUGACCCCUUUGGCUCCUUCACGAGUUUUAAUCUGAACGGUUUCCCUCGUGAACGGCAGCCCCGGCGUAAGCAGGACCCGGCCAUCUAUCACGAACUGCGUGUCUCACUCGAGGAGGUCUUUCACGGCUGCACCAAGCGCAUGAAGAUCUCACGCCGUCGCCUGAACCCUGACGGCCGCACCACACGCACUGAGGACAAGAUCCUGUCCAUCGAGAUCAAGCGUGGCUGGAAGGAAGGCACCAAAAUCACAUUCCCGCGCGAAGGCGACGAGUCCCCCGGCUGCAUCCCCGCCGACAUCGUCUUCGUCAUCAAGGACAAGCCGCACCCACACUUCAGGAGGGAAGGGUCCAACAUCAUCUACCCUGUUCGCAUCAGUCUGCGCCAGUCGUUGUGCGGUUGCUCGGUUACGGUGUCCACGAUAGACGGGAAAACGUGCAAUAUGAAGAUCACGGAGGUUAUCAAACCGGGGAUGAGGAAGACCAUAGCGGGACAGGGGCUGCCUUUCCCAAAGAACCCUGAGCAAAGAGGAGACCUCAUAGUGGAGUUUGACGUGAACUUUCCAGAAAGUCUGCCGUCCAACGCCAAGGACGUGCUGAAACGCCACUUACCCGCCUCGUGAAGGGAACGCAGCAGGACUGCGGCGGCGUUAAGUCUCUCCCAACACUCGGACAAAUCGCCGACACGCCCCACAAAUGUGCAAUUUCUCUCUUUUUAUUUUAUAACUAGUUAGCCAGUGUUUGUUCUUUCAUUUAAAUUUUUUUUUUUUAAUCUAUAGGUUGCAUGCCCAAAUAAGGUCAUAAACGUGCAAGUGCAAUCUUCAUUUCUGAAAGUAAACAUCAGAUUUGACUCCUUUA